AUGAGCCCUCCAUUGACACCAUACGGUAUCAAAGACGACAGCAUGGAGCACACAGAAACGCCGAGGGCCGUCUUUCACAAUUAUCUCCGUGCAUUCUAUCCUUACCACCCAUCCGGAAAUGUGUCCCCGUCGACCGUCACCCUCCCCUUGGACCAGGGUGACAUCGUCCUGGUACAUUCUGUUCACACCAAUGGCUGGGCCGAUGGCACCCUGUUAGAUACUGGGGCUCGGGGCUGGCUACCCACCAACUACUGUGAAGCUUACGACCAACAACCGAUGCGUCCACUCCUGAAGGCGUUGACCGACUUUUGGGAUAUCAUCAGAGGCGGCUGUGGAUUCCCUCUAAAUGAUGCUGGCAAUCAGGAUCUUGUGCGAGGCUUGAUUGCUGGCGUGCGCUAUCUACUGCAAAAAUCCGAAUGCCUCACCCGCGAUUGUACUCUGGUGACCAGCCACGACGGUCUGCGCAGGAACCGCAAGGCGUUGCUGGCUGAUCUCUCAUCUCUGGUCCGGACCACAAAGAGAUUCCAGGAGGUGGGCAGCAGCAGUGCCACGCAGGACGAGAUCGAUUAUAUGGUGGACGAAAUGCUUCUGAAGGCCUUCCGCAUUGUGACUCGAGGUGUUCGUUUCCUCGACGUGUGGAACGAGGAAGUUGGUCUGAGCAGGACGAUCGCCGAACUAGAGCAGCAAUCAGCGCAUCAUCAAGGCCCACUUGCUUCGGCUGCUGAGACAGGCCCCAUAUCGGAAGCCGCCGCAUCCGAGGCCGACACGGAACGCAACGAGUCUAGACUCAUGAACCGCAGCCGAUUGGACAUGAGUCGAGCAUCCACUCGCGUAGACGACUCGCAGCAGACCCGUCCGAUGUCCGUGACCACCAAGCGAAUUUCCAUCUCCCACCGCGUCUCGACUUCGGGACCGGCCGCCGCUGUCCGAAACCCCAACCUAGCCUCGGAGCGACUGAACUCCGCAUACGAUGCAUUCCUGGGGGUGCUGGGUUCUUUCAUCGGGCUUCACCUACAAUCUCGCUCGUCAACAGAAUUGGUCGUGACCACGGAACAGGCGGUGCGCUCCUGCCGCGCACUGCUGACCGUCGUCGAGGCCACUUGCGAACAUGACCCGCAAGGCAGUGGGCUCCUAGAGGGAGCUAGAGACACUAUGUAUGAGCGACUAUCGGAAUUGGUCUACGCGGCCCGGGACGCCUUCCGACCGGCCCAUUCUCCAGAUGACGAGCUUGUGUUCUUGCCCGAUGAAGGCAAGCGCCUGGUGGAUGCCGCCACCGACUGCGUGCGUGCCGCCGGAAGCUGCCUGGCCAAAGCUCGACUAAUGCUGGAGGAGUGCGGCGAUUUCGAGCUGGACGCCAUGCCCCAGGACUUGGCCCCGGCGGUGAUUGACGUGAACAAAACCCCGCAACCGCAGAGGACAAGCAGCCUCCCUGUUAAUCAGGGUCGACCCCAAGAGGGGUCUUUGCGCUUGCCACCCCCUCCUCUACAGAUUCCCACCUCCAUCAACAACCGAUACUCCCCCCCAACCCCAGGUCUGACGGACGACACUACUCCCUCCUCCUUCCAAUCCCGUGGUGGAGCCAGCACUCCCGCCACCGAUAUGUCGUCAUUCCCCUCUACCAAUCUCCUCUCCUCCAGCCUGGAUAAGCUGUCCUUUUCCUCCAACGAUACCCAACCCAUUGAAAUUCCUCACAGAAAUAGCCAGCCAAAGUCUGAUGUUAGUGAGUCCUUUGGUCGGGGGGUGACUAGCAACGGCAGCAGCUUCACAUUCACCAGCCGUCUCCGCGACUCCGAGAUGAGUGGUGUGUCGCAGACCUCCACCCGGGCUACCUCACCAGAUAUUGGCAAUCACUACCAGGUCCCCUCCCUCAAGGGAAGCAUCAGCCACUCCACCCUGGCUGAGGAGAACGAAGAAACGGAAGCCAACAUUCUGGAGAAGACAUACGCGCACGAGUUGAUCUUCAAAGAUGGUCAGGUCAUGGGCGGAAGCUUACGCGCACUUGUCGAGAAGCUGACUGCUCACCAAUCUACGCCCGACGCUAUGUUUGUUUCGACCUUCUACCUCACCUUCCGUCUGUUUGCUACCCCAGUGGAGUUCGCGGAGACCCUGGUUGAUCGAUUCAACUACAUCGGAGACACCCCUCACACUGCAGGACCUGUUCGUCUUCGCGUGUACAAUGUUUUCAAAGGCUGGCUCGAAUCCCACUGGCGUCACGACUGCGAUAACAGUGCGCUCGAAUACAUCGUGGAAUUCGCUAAUACGACGCUCAUGGGCACCCUCCCGUCUGCGGGAAAGCGCCUUGCCGAGCUCGCCGAGAAAGUGUCGAUGGUUCAUGGCCCAGUCGUGCCCCGUUUGGUUUCUUCCAUGGGAAAGACCAACACCGCAACUGCACAAUAUGUGCAUCCAGACACUCCUUUGCCACCGCCCAUUCUGGGUAAGAAGGAAGUGAAUCUUCUUAAGCAGUGGAAGAAUGGCGAAGGCACCAUAUCCAUCCUGGAUUUCGAUCCGAUGGAAUUGGCCCGGCAGUUCACGAUCAAGGAGUCGCGGAUCUUCUGCGCCAUCCUCCCUGAGGAGCUAUUGGCGACGGAAUGGAUGAAGAAAUCGGGGUCAUUGGCCGUCAACGUUAGGGCCAUGGCGACUUUGUCCACGGACCUGACACACCUCGUGGCUGAUUCCAUCCUCCAGCUGGAGGAGCCCAAGAAGCGUGCAGCUAUCAUCAAGCACUGGGUCAAGAUUGCGAACAAGUGCCUGGAGCUCAGCAACUACGACUCAUUGAUGGCCAUCAUCUGCUCUUUGAACUCGUCCAUGAUCUCUCGCCUGAAGCGGACCUGGGAAGUGGUGUCGCAGAAAACAAAGACCACUCUCGAGUGCCUCCGGGGCAUUGUUGACGUUUCCCGCAACUACGCUGUUCUCCGGCAACGACUCCAGAACCGCGUCCCUCCUUGCCUGCCGUUCGUCGGGACAUAUCUCACAGACCUCACAUUUGUGGACCACGGCAACCAGGCGCUGCGGAACUUGCCGACUGAUGAGGGUGAGAUGGCAGUCAUCAACUUCGAUAAGCACAUGAAGACGGCCAAGAUCAUCAGCGAGCUGCAACGGUUCCAGAUUCCGUAUCGACUGACAGAGGUGCCGGAACUGCAGGCGUGGAUGCAGAACGAGCUGGUCCGUGUGCGAUCGAGUGGCGAGAAGAGCCUGCAGACGUUCUAUCGCCGGUCGCUGGUCCUGGAACCCCGGGAAGCACCUCAGCCACGCAACAUGCAGCCCGAGUCCAGCUCCUCUUCGAUCCUGGAGAACGCCAAGGACAAGUUCGACUUCCUGUCCUGGACACAUCCCUCCAAGGCUAAGUCGGUCGCGACGAACGGCUGA